CCCAAGUGUGCGGGAGCGAGCGGCGUGGACCUGCGUGUUACUGAAGAGACGCUCUGGAGUGGCGAUUAAGCUGAAACUCAGGGACUUUACUCCAGUUAGUAACCAUCGAGGGAGAGGCAUUAAACCGCCAGCAGAUCUCCUGAUGUUACCAAGGCCACCCUGCUACACUGUGUGACUAAAACUCAUUAUGUAAUGGCAGUCAUGUGACAAAAAUGGCAACUAUGACCCUCACUGAAAGGCUACGUGAAAAGAUAUCACAGGCAUUCUACAAACAUGGGCUCUUAUGUGCAUCUUACCCCAUUCCCAUUAUUAUUUUUACUGCAGUGUGCAUUUUAACGUGUUGUUAUCCUUUAUUAAAGCUACCUCUGCCAGGGACAGGGCCUGUGGAGUUCACUACACCAGUGAAGGAUUAUUCUGUACCCCCACUUGAACCAAAUCUGCAACACACUGAUCAGAGUGACAGACCAGAUUGGUAUGUUGGACCUCCAGUUGCAUACAUCCAGCAAAUAUUUGUAAAAGCUAUUGUAUCCCCUUGGAACAAAAACCUAAUUGCUGUGGAUGUAUUCCGUGCCCCUCUAUCGAAAGUCUUUCAGCUGGUGGAAGAAGUAAGAAAUCACGUCUUUCAAGACAGUACUGGCCCCAAAGGUCUAGAAAGUGUCUGUCUCCAAGUAACUGAUCUACUCCCUGGAUUGAAAAAGUUACGGAGUCUACUUCCUGAGCAUGGCUGCCUCCUCAUCUCUCCAGCUAACUUCUGGAACAAUGACCGUGAUCACUUUGACUCUGAUCCAGAUAUCAUUCGCACUAUUCACCAAUAUGAACCAAAGACUCUCCAAACAUCUGCUUCGCUUAAAGACUUGCUGUUUGGAAUUCCUGGGAAGCACAGUGGCGUCAGCUUGCAUAAUCGCAAAAGACUGGUAUCCUAUGCUGUCACCAUCAUACUACAAGAGUACCACUCAAGAUUCCUGAACAGUCUCCGACUGAGGUUGAAGCAGCUUCAUCCUAAUGUGAACAGCACCCUAAGAGAAGAUCAGAUAGUCCAUGUCCAUUUUAAAGAAGAGAUUGGCAUUGCUGAAUUGAUUCCUCUGGUCACUACGUACAUCAUUCUUUUCGCAUACAUUUAUUUCUCUACCAGGAAGAUUGACAUGGUGAAAUCAAAAUGGGGACUUGCACUUGCAGCAGUGGCAACUGUUCUGAGCUCCCUGCUUAUGUCGGUUGGUUUAUGUACACUUUUUGGUCUUACACCUACCUUGAAUGGUGGUGAGAUAUUUCCUUACCUGGUUGUGGUUAUUGGUCUGGAAAAUGUCCUUGUUCUCACUAAGUCAGUUGUUUCAACCCCUGUUGACCUUGAAGUCAAACUGCGAAUAGCACAAGGUUUAAGCAAUGAAAGCUGGUCUAUUAUGAAGAAUGUGGCUACUGAACUUGUUAUCAUACUGAUUGGUUACUUUACCCUGGUUCCAGCUAUUCAGGAAUUUUGCCUGUUUGCAGUGGUUGGACUAGUUUCUGAUUUCUUCCUGCAAAUGUUUUUCUUCACAACCGUGUUGUCCAUUGAUAUCCGUCGUAUGGAGCUUGCUGACCUUAAUAGGCGUCUUCCAGCAGAGGCUGUGCAAGAAAUCCCUGACCAUUUGAGACUGCCUCGCUCCAAGUCACUUCCAAGGCAACAGAGAUAUGAACGUCAGCCUACAAUACGGACUUCAGCUCCCUACACCAUCUCCCUGCAGACUUCUUCUUUUAGGAACCUACGAUUGCCAAAGAGAUUAAGAGUAGUAUAUUUUCUGGCUCGGACGCGACUUGCCCAGAGAAUUAUUAUGGUGGGCACAGUAAUAUGGAUUGGCAUUUUGGUUUACACUGAUCCCGCUGGUCUCCGGACAUUUUUGACAGCUCAGGUUGCUGAACAGAGCCCACUAGGAGAGAGUGGCUUACCACCUAUUGCAGUUCCACCAGGUGUUUUCCAGAGUGGAGAUUCUAAGAGCAGUUUGCCUGGUUUUCCAUCAGAUGUCAAUGCACCAUUAGAGAAUCAGUCACGUGGCACAGAUCAGAACACAAAACCAAAUCCUCUUGAUGCCUUACCUUUGGCUACACGUGAAAAUGUAACUGAUGAUGACAAACAGCAAGUUCGUAGUGAUACCAGUCUCCCAGAGAAUGAUUUCAAAGAAGAGAUCACGUGGGGCGUUCAGGAUCAGGAGAUGUGGCGGAAACUAUCAUUCAGACAUUGGCCAACUCUCUUCAGUUAUUACAAUAAUACACUGGCAAGAAAGUAUGUUAGCAUUCUUCCCAUCAUCCCUUUAUCUUUCCAUCUGAGUCUGCAAGAUGCCCUCGAUGCAAGACACCCUCAAGAUGCAAAGCGAUAUCAUUCCACAUUCUCAGCAGAUUACGAAGAGGCAAAGAAUACUGAUGGAACCUGGGCAAGGGGACAGGUUUCCUCUAAACCACAAGCUCCUUUAGACAUCACUCUCUACAAAGUUGGAGCUCUCGGAUUGGCAUCAGGAGUCCUCCUCGUAAUUCUGCUGUUCUGCUUGUAUAAGGUGUUCUGUCCAAAAACAUAUGGCCAAGAUGGUCUAUCUUAUGGGAGAAGGCGACGUGGGGACUUACCUUGUGAUGAUUAUGGCUACUCACCCCCUGUCAGUGAAACCUUACCGUUGAUUUUAAAGGGACACUUAAUGGAUAUUGAAUGCUUGGCCAGUGAUGGGAUGUUGUUGGUCAGUUGCUGUUUGUCAGGACAGAUCAGAGUGUGGGACGCACAGACUGGUGAUUGUCUGACUGUCAUACCAAACCCAGGGCAAUGGAAUGAUAGUAGCAGUUGCUAUGAACGUCAAGAGAGCUGGGAGUAUAUAUCAGAUCCUGAGAAUGGAGCAGAUGAUGUAUACGAAAGUGAGCACAACUUUCAGAAGAGAAUGACCCCUACACAACCCGUUCUGUUCACCGAUCAACCAGAUUUAUCUGGAUUAAUAGACACCAACUUUGCAGAGCAAGUUAAAGAGGAGAAUGCAGUUCCCAGACAGCGGACUAUCUCUGAACAUUCGCAGGAGACUGGCUUUGACUUUGGAAAAGCAUAUGAUAAAGCAUAUGAGGAUCAUAAACUGCUGAAUGUGCAAAACCUGCGGAAUUAUCCUUCCCCAACAUUUUUGAGAUCUUCUCAAACAUCUGUGAACCUCAAGUCUCAUGGCUGGGAUGGCAGCUGCCUACAGAGGAGGCGCAGUUUAGGGGAUGAGCCACUUCCUGUGCAUGAGAAAAACUCCCCCAUUCCUAUGUGGGGUGGAGACUGCGAAAGCUCUGUCUGGAGUCUUGGCAUCCAAGGGAACCUGAUUGUGGCAGGAAGAAGCAGUGGGCAACUUGAGGUGUGGGAUGCUGCAGAUGGAACUCUGCGCUGCAGUAAUGAAGACGGUUCCUCUGGCAUAACAGCACUGGCUUUUAUCACAAACAGAAUUGUUGCUGCAAGAUUGAAUGGCUCAUUGGAUUUCUACUGUCUAGACACCAAUAAAACCAGCAACCAGCUGCAGUACCGAGGAACACCCAACAGAUCCACGAUCCCAUCAUCGCCAGUCUUCAGCAGUGACGAUUCCAUCGUUUGUCAGUUAACCCACAUGGUUCCUUGUGCACACCAAAAACCCAUCACAGUACUGAAAGCAGCUGCUGGCAGAGUGGUCACAGGAAGUCAGGACCACACACUGAGAAUAUAUCGACUUGAGGACUCCUGUUGUCUUUAUACAUUACAGGGUCACUCAGGAGGGAUCACAGCAGUCUAUAUAGACCAGGCAAUGGGGUUGGCUAGUGGAGGCCAAGAUGGAGCUAUUUGCCUCUGGGAUGUAUUAACUGGAAGCCGAGUGAGCCAUAUGCAUGGUCAUCGUGGUGACGUUAUAGCUCUUAUCUGCACCUCAAGCUGUGUAAUCAGUGGUGGAUUAGAUGACGUGAUCUGUAUAUGGGACCGCAGCUCUGGUAUCAAGCUCUAUUCUAUUCAGCAGGACAUGGGUUGUGGAGCAAGUUUAGGAGUGAUAUCUGACAACCUUCUAGUAACUGGAGGUCAAGGCUGCGUCAGCCUCUGGGACAUUGGCUACGGAGACUUACUUCAGACGGUCUACCUAGGCAAAAGUAAUGAGUUACAGCUUGUUCGACAGUUGUUGGUCCUGGACAAUGCUGCAAUUGUGUGUGACUUUGGCAGUGAGCUUAGCCUUGUUUACUUCCCAUCAGUUCUGGAGAAGUUGGACUGAAAAAGAGAGUCUUAUACUAACAAGUCUCUGCCUCAAAUGAGAAGAUUGGAUGAAAAAAUGGCAGUUGUGAUCCUGAGUUUCUAUAUGAUUAGAGAAAAGAUACACUGGAUGGUUAGAAGCUCGUGCAUGGGGAAAGAAUCUGCCUGGGAUUUUAGAAAGAAGAUACAAAUUUAUAAUUUUAUAAUUUAUAUAACAAAGCUUCAGAACUGUGUACUGCAUGGUGCAAGUACAGUAAAUCUGCCUUAAAGCACUAUGGUGACUUAUCAAGCCGGUCAAAUGUUAGUAAUCAAGUCUGGUUUUAUUUGGUUUUUUGCAAUGUUGUGUCAUGUGAAAUUGAGGUAGACUAUCAUGCAAAGAAGAUAGUACAGAUGUAUUUUUUAAAUUAAAACUAAUUUUUUGUAAGAAGUUGAUUUUUUUAAAAAUGUGCAAGUUUUAAAAAAGGAUAGGCCUGUGUAAGAGAGAUUAAACUGAUUUAAUGAUUUUAUUGUCACGUGUAUUUUGCAGUCAGAAAAACAGUAAAAUACCGUGAAAAGCUUUUCCACUGUCACCACGAUCCGGCGUCAUUUUGAAUAGUUUUGAGAAUAAGAAAAAGAUAGAAAGAUAUAGCUAUGUAAACUGUAGCUAUAUUCUUGCAAAUUAUGAGCAAUGUCUACAGGUGGAAAGGACCGAAAAGGCUGAAAAUACAUAUUAGAAAAAAGAAAUUGUAAUGAAUCGUAGGUCUGCCUGCAUUUGUGAAGGAAAAAGAAACUUUUUUUCUUUUAAAAUCCUAUCAAACCAACAGUCUGUCUGAUUGGUGGGUUUUUUUCCUCAAAAAAGAAACACCUGAGACCUUAUCCAAAAUCCAAGAUUUCUGAGCAUGAGGUACUUGCUAAAGGUCGAUGAGCCACAACUGAAACAUUAUCUUUUUUACAGAUAUGAUGACCAGUGUGUAUUUAAGAUAUUCUUUUCUAUGAUAUUAUGUAAAGUGGAAUCCUGUUAUAGUUAGCCAUGCUGCUCAACAUUCACCAACAUUUAUAACAACUGAUUGAUUAACCUGUUUGCCUUCAAUUGCCGUUGUGGUUGUCCCUCCUCCUUAGCCCUGGGCUUCUUGGUCUUCCUUCAUGCCUGUGUUUGUCAGCUUCUCCUCAUCUGUAAUACAUCUUUUCACUUUCCAGUUUCUUUACACCUCUGUGCAGUUUAGCUCUUCAGAUUAAUGCUAUAAAAUAAACUUAUACACUGUUUAUUUUGUACUGUUGAACACAUUUCACUAUAUACCAGCAAACUGAAUGAAGCACUGCUCAGCCAUUUAAAUUACUCAGUAGGACAGUACUCAGGUCAGAAUCUGCAAGAUUACUUCAACUGUGUAGCGCCUGGCUAGAGGUCAAGAAACAGCUGCAGCACUGUAGUUCCAUACCCAUUGAGUCUCAUGAGUCUAACCAUGCUGUGUCAACAUUGGCACUCUUCACAGCUAAGACCAAAUAAGAGUUUCAUCAUUAAUAAUAUAUAUUUGAAUACUAAAUAUUAAAACAGAGGCAAUUGUUUCUCAAUAAGAACUAAAAUAUUCAUUGCAGCUGACCUACACUGGUAGAAUCAGAAUUUUACUGUGCGUAUAGGGAACCAAUUUGAUGCCAUUUCCUCUUAAUUUAUUAUAAUCUUCAAUUAUUUAUUUAUUUUCUUUCAACAAAUCUGUUGUGGGUUCUGCUAACACCCACUGAUUCUGCAUGGAGUUUGAAGUGUAUAUUCCAUCAUUGUUAGGAAAAACAAAGCAUUUUCCGAACUUUCCUUUUGAUUUGUUUGAUAAUUAUCUUAUAUUUAUGCGUUCUGUAAUAUUGCUGAGGUCACAUAUCGAGUACGAUUCACAGUAUUGGUCCCCUUAAUUGGACAGAUAUAUAACAGCUUUAGCAGAAGAUCAGACAGUUUCACAUGAUUCAUUCUGAAUUGAAAGGCUUGUGAAGAAAGGUUGAACAGAUUUGGCCUGUGUCCAUUGGAGUUUAGAAGAAUGGCAGGUGACCUUAUUGAAAUAUACAAGACCUUGACAGGACUGGAUUGGAGGGUGGAGGAAUAUGGAAGAUGUUUCCUCUGGUGGUAGUGACUAAAACUAAUUUAAAAAUAUGAGAUCUCUAUUUUAAGUCAGAGAUGAGGAGAAACCUUUCUCUGUGGGUCAUCAGAGUAUGAAAUUCUCUUCCCCAGAAGAUAGUGGAAGUUGCAUUCUUAAAUUAAUUCAAGGCUGACUUAGAUAGGUCUUGAUAAACAAGGAAAUUUAGAAUUAUAAGCCUCUGACAAAGUGGGGCUGAAACUACAAUCAGCUUAGCCGUGACCUGACUGAAUGGUUGAGCAGGUUUGAAGGGCCAAAUGACAUACUCCUGCUCAAAGGUCCCAUGUACCGAGCUAAUGAUUCAUUGAUCAGUGAAAAUAUUAUUUUCUAAUUAUAUUCUCAAAUACUUCAUAAUUUAAACUGAUGCCAGGGCUCCUGUUAACUAUCAUCAUAUAACUAAUUGUGAUAAUUUUAGAAGUUUCAAAAUUAAAUGAUGCAGUGUUACUUUGGAAAGCCAACCAUGAUCAUUCUCGAAGAAACACUAUAAAAGGAUUCCCCUCUACCUAUAUUGACAGUUUUUGUAAUGAAGGAAAUUCCUAAUGGUCACUGAGGUUCGAUAAAGAGACUACCUUUAUGCAUUUUAUUUUUGAUGCCACAUAUUAUUUGUUGGGACCGUGCUAUGGAUGAAUCUCACUUCAUUGAGAUUUCAACAUGUAUUAGAUCAGUAUGUUUAAAAAUAAUGCACUCGAAUUGAGCAGCUGAAGAUGCUGAGACCCAGUCAAGAAUACUGUUUAACAUGGAAGGGCAUGUGCUGAAUUGAUUAUCCUUUUCAGCCUCCUCUGCUUCCAAGUCACCAGUUUCAUAGAAUCUGUGAAAGGUACACAAUACUGAGAAUAACCCAAAUUGUGACUAAAACUUAAGGGACAAAUCCUGUACUAUUCCUUCAUUUUGAUCUGUCUGUCCUCUGUUUUCUGUCUAAUUAUACAAACAGUCCGUUAUUCAGCUUCGUCGCACAUUUAAUUUCUUGGGGCAAAUGUUUUUGAGUGGCUAAUUUUCAAAAGUGUAAAGAAAAGCUGUUAGAUUAAUGGUAGGGUAGUGGUUUAAUCCUGUACUGAUGAGAACUCAAACAGCACACUUUAGUCAUCUACUGCAAGCUUAAUUUAAAAAUAAAUUAUUUAUUUUGCAUGUAUUUUUGAAGUAUAUACUGUAAUAUCAGGGUAUUAUGCUGUCAUAAGAUUGACGUAAUGUCACUUAUUUAUGGGGAUUAACUAUAAAAGGUGAUGCUCAGUACUGGAAAUUUGGUCCUCUGUCUCACUACUGAUAGAAUGAUGGGCAUUGCCUUUCUCUGAGGGCGGAGUAUAAAUGGCCCUUUUCACCAGUUUAUCUGGAUUGCUGCAGCCAGCUGUGGUCAGUAGGCUGGAAGAGACUGGCUCCUAGUUGGCCAAUGGGACAUCUUACUGUACGUUGCUGAACCUUGUGUGUUGUCUUUUCCCAUUUACUCUUACUCUUAGAAUCUCCCUUUGUUCUCCCAUGUUGCCUCUGUCUCCACCUCUAUAUUUAUUUGUUAUCUAUUUCUGUCUGUUUUUCUCACACAUUUCCCUUCCCUUUGCUUGUCAUUCUAUCUCUCUUCCUGUUUCACUCCCACCUAUAUCUAUCUUAAUCAUUCUGCCCAUUUUACCUUUGACCCUCUAGUGUCUGCUUUAAUUUUCUCUACAGCACUGCUGGUGAGUACAGGUACUCAGCCGAAUUGGGAGAUUAAAUCUGCAAUCCCAAAAUCUUGCUGCAUUGAGCACAUACUUUUCCUAAACUCAAGACUCUUUACUCAAAACAGAGAUGGUUUAAUAUUUAAAAACUAAGUAAUUGUGAGUAGAGUUUUUUUUUAAAAUAUGAAAUGUAUUUGUUUGUUGCGAUUAAGUUUUAGCUGGAUUCUGUGCACACUGCCUGAAUUUGAAAACUUAUUUCUAAAAGAGCUCGAAACAAGUCCUGGUCUCCCUAUGGUUACUGACAACAUUGUUUUUCAAGCUUCCAUCGUGGUAGUUCUUUUGAACAUAAAUAUAUUUCCUGACUUGUUUUGUAAAUUUUUUAAUAUGUCAGAUGAUAUUAGAGAAACAAAUUUAGAGAACUGUACAGAACCAAAGAACACUUCUUAAUCUAUCUUUUUUUUUGCAAUAAGCUUUUAAUAAAAAGACAUGCAAAUAUUGUUUUGUUUUUAUGCUAA